GAUCGCCCGCGCAACCGCACGCUUGACGUUCGCGCCAUCUUGCACAACGCCCGCCAAAACUUACACUUUUCAAAGUGCGUUCUGUAUUUGAAAAUUCGAACGUGACAGUUGUUUAUUAGUGGACUUGUUUUUUUUUUGUUUUUUUUACGUGACCACUAAGGAGGCUUUGGACAAUCAAGAUAAACAUACGGUGGAAGAGUACAGCAGUGAAUUAUGUCAGUGUGUUGUUUUUACAAUGACAAGAUAGUAGUGUUAACAAUCAAAUCGUUCACGUGAUGCCAACACGUUAUUUAUGACUGGGACCGUUGGUUUAGUGAGUUGACAUUUCGCUUCAAUGCCGCGUGUGUAGGCAAUGGCUUUGACAAAUUUCACGCUCACAGGCGUCGGCGCGGCGACGCCGGCAUUCGUAUCGACCACCACAUCAUCACCCCUGCGAGUCGGACUCGACGACUUAUUAUAUUCACCCGAUGAAUACCAACAAGACGUCCCAGCACAACCAUCAGAAAAUGAACCAUUCAUUCCACCAAAUCAGCGUCGGCCAAAAGUCAGAAAACGUGCCGGCACUGCCUACCUACCACCAGCCAAUCAGUAUAUGCAUUACCAGAAUGAGGCUCAACAAAAUCCUUAUGCAGCACCCCUGCAUACCCAGGUUUAUCCACAAAACUCAAGACUAAACGUGCAGAUAGAAAACCAGCGGGUAAAAGAAGUGAAUUCACCGUAUGAUGUAUCAGGGCAAUAUGAUAAUACAGGACAGUAUGUCCAUGAUCCUACGGGUGACUAUGAUUAUGAACAGAAAAGAAUGAAUCAGCGCCCGUCUGGGCAGCCGUACAACCCUGGGUAUGCGGAUGCGCCAUAUCCACCGGCAAUGAAGCCUAACCCCACAUCUAGUCGGAGGUUCGAUGAAAAUUCGAAUCAAAAUAUGAAUCAAAAUGUGAAUAAUUUCAAUUUUAACAGGCCGCUUAGUAGUACGCCUGCCCCAACUAGGCCGCCCAGUAAUCAGGGUAGCAAGACUGGUGGUAGUGAGACUGGACAAAAUCCUCCGGAGAGACCGCGAGGGUUUACUAAAGUAGAAACUGGUGGUUCAGGUGGCAAGACACAGCUACAUGCAGUUCUUGAUUAUGACGACGAAGAUUACUAUGACGAUCCUGAUCCAGAUUCGGGUCAACCUUCAGUAACGCCUCUUCAGGGUCCCAUCCUCCUCCGCAACGGGUCUGUUCCUGUGGUGCCUCUGACGUCAUAUCGAACAAUCAACAAUGGUUCCUUCUACCAAAUACCUAUACUAUGGACUGCGCUGUCGUUAGCGUUGGGCUACGAGCUCCAAGGUCAGAUCAUCCGAGGAGUUCCGUGCGUGAAGCGUAACUUCCAGUUGUAUUGUCCAACAGCUGGUAACACCUAUCCAUUAGAUAAAAUCGAGAACUUCAUAGACGAGAAUAAAGCUUUAAUAAAGCGGAUGUACGGUUCGUUUACGACACCGGCUGGAAACCGGGUGAGACGGGCGCCUGGCGUACCUGAUAUGCAUGAUGCUACUGGUGACUCUUACUUCAGACAUGCUCGACAAGCUACCAAUACACGACUACCUGAUGCGCAAUCCGUCAAUAACACUGGCAGAGUGGACGCCUGCGAGAGCAAGACAGAGAUAAUGACGCCAUAUUGGGCGUUAAACUCUGCGAGAAAGUUGCGUGCAAUCGUCAACACUAUGCAUUUUGAACAAGCGAUACAUCAGGAAACGUGCAGUAAAACAACAACAGCAAGAUGUACACGUGACUGCGGAUGCGAGCAAAAGUACAAAUGGCACAGGCUCCUCGCGUAUGAUCCAAACGACGAUUGUGCAGGCAUAUUCAUGGAUUGGUUCUUAUUCCCUUCUUGCUGUGUGUGCAGAUGUAAUCCUUGAUACCUACACUGAAAUAUCAUACCUAUAACACUUAUUAUAAGGUCUUAAAUUCAAGACUUUAUAUCAUACACUCAGCCUGCUUAAGUGCGCAAUUUAAUGCAUAUACCUACAUAGUUGCUUUAUGGAACAAUUUACUUAGAUCCACAUUGAUAUCAAAGUGGUAGACGGUUCCUAUUUUUUGGCACCAUAAUGCAUACAGCUUAAUUAUAGAGUUAUCAUUUUUAUGAACGAUCGUAUUCUAAACCUAGUUAUUAGGAAAUUUAGGAAUACGAGAAAUGUGUGUGAUUUAAAUAUUUCUUCUACGAUUUUCCUUUUCCUGCAUAAACUCAAAUUAAUGGACUUGAGGCGACUUUAGCAAAAUAUACAUAGUUUAUCUGCCCAUUCAUUUUAUUCUUAGCCAAAUUCGUCGUCUAUCGUGGCAACAACCUUGAAUUGCCAUACCAACAUAUUAUUAUGUGGAUUAUUGAAUUUCAUUUCGAUAAUGAUUGAAAAUUUUAAGAAUACCUAUUUUAUUUUAAGAUUAGGUAUCUAAGUUUCUACCACUUUCUACUUCAUAUUUCUGAUCUGGAUUUUAUGAUACCUACCUACCAAUGCAGGAAUAUAACUUGGCUAUAAAUCCAUAAAACGUGUUUUUAGGUAUUAAUUUGGUACAGUCAAAUACAGAUGUCAAUCCUUCAACUUUCACACUUAUUUAGAAGAUAACAAUAUUGUAGUUUGAUUAAUGUAAGUCGCAACAUUUUUGUAAAUUCUUAUUCGUCAUUAAAUAUAGUUUUCACAUUCUGUUUUUGAUUGUACCUGUAUUAUAAAACCUUAAUUAUAGUUAAACUAAAUUUAGUUUCAAAUAUGAAAUGGAACACUGCCAUUGUCUAGCAUAAUAAGUCCUUCAUCUAUUUAAAAUGCAUAAAAAUAAUUGAUUUCUUCUAUUGGUUUUGCAAUUGUUAAAUAUAAGAUGUCAAUUUUAAGUUUUAGUUUUGGUAAGAGCCUCUUAAUACCUUUAUUUUAAAGACAACUACUAAUAUAUGUUGUAAUUAGGAUAAUUACUUGUAUUUAUAUUUUCAUGUAUUAAGUAAGUAUAGAGACGGUUUUCCAACAAAAAAUAAUUAAUAGUCGAUCUCUAUUUUGUAGCAAAAAUUGUAUUAAAAUCAUACUUAAAUGAUAAUAAUUUGAUAUAUCAACAGCGUUGGAAAGCAGCCUAAGAUACUCAAAUAAAAUAAUGAUAAACAAAAAAAAACUUUAUCUACAUUUUAAAUAAUAAAAGUGCAA